AUGCGAAUGCGCCUCACGCAUGACCCGGAGAACGAGCCGCGAACCGCCGAUCAGUCCCACCCGCAACAGGAGGUGAAGACCAAUCCGACGGCAGAGCAGCAGCAACAACAACAACAUCAGGCGCCUCAGAUGCAGCCGCUGAUGCAGCAGUCGGCCGCAGCCAACCAGUGGGUCAGUGGGUCGCUGAUAACGCUGUCUGGCACCGUGGUCCAGAUCGUGUCUAUCUCGCUCACCUCCCCGCUCAGUGAACAGCAACAGGUGAACGCCCAGCAGCAGAUGCCACUCCAACAGCAGCAGCAGCUGGAGCAGCAACCUCCCAUGAGCAGCCACAGAGCAGUCUGGGAGCACAACAGCAGCAGCAACAGGUGAACGCCCAGCAGCAGCAACAGGUGAACACACAAGCUAGCAUACAGGGAAUGGUACCACCACCCAGCCCCGUUGUUGGUCCCAGGAUGCCAGCUUCGCAACAGCAUCACCAGCAGCACCACCUCCCCGACGGCAGCACCGUUCACAUUCAGCCCAUCAGCGGCGGCCAGCCGCAGACCAUACAGCCACCGCUGUGCGCUGGCCACCCGUUGCACAGCAGCAGCACCAGCAACAAUUGAGCAUGUUUGGUCAGGCAAUGGGCCAACAGCAGCAGCAACCACAGCCAACGCAACAGCAACUAGUGGUUGCAGCCGCAACCGCCAGUGGCAACAGCACAAAAACAAUUUCAGCAGAAUCUGCCGACUUACGGUCAAUCGCAGGUGCAGGUGCAGGCGGAAUAGUUUGAUCCGUUUGCCAAUAUAACCAGUAGUCAGAAGGCGGCCUCAACCACGGUAGAACCAGAGCAGCAGAUAAUGUCGCCGGCACAUGUAAGCUCCCCAAUACCACAACAUGUCACCGCAGCCACAGAGCAGUCAGGGACAACAACAGCAGCAUCUUUGAUGUCCUUGAGCAGGCAUCAGCAGGCGGCGGCACAGCUCAACUCUUCGCCUCAGUACAGAGUGCCGUUCCCGCCAACUUUCGCCCACCGUAGUCACCGCUGUGCAACGUAAUGGCGGCUGGCAAUGGCCGCCUGACAAGACCAAAAAUGCUGGAAGUAUUUAUGUCGAGCCCUGAUCUCCAAAAACGUUUUGAAAAUGUGCAAAAAUGGAAACACUUCGGAAUGGAGAUGUCGAGGGUAGAAAUCCGAUUGGUGUGCGAUGGCGUCCUCAACCUGUUGGAACCCACCCGCACAGACUACCGGGACCUGGGCAGAGAAUUGGUUCAGCUCUGUCCCGAAGAAUGUGUGGAAUUCUGGGCCCCGAUGCACAGCGCGGGACCAAUCUACGAAAGGAAUCGUUAUAGACAUUUGACCAAAUCGCAAAAAGCUGAAAGAAAUGUAAAGCAGAAUGAGAGGAGAAGAAGAGCGGCUGAAACCAAAAGAAGGGAGGAGGAAUGUCUGCAAAAGCAGAUGGAUGACUUAAUGGAAAGUCUCGAAUAAAUGCAACAAAGCCCAACCUUCGCAUUUAGGGAACUGGAGAAGGAGUGGGGAGGUGCAGGUCAACUGGGUGGACAAGAGCAAGGUGGUAGCAGCGCUGGUUCUUUCUGAAGAAAUACAACGAAACGAAGGACGAGCACAUGGCGACGAGAAUUUCAACAGCAUCGAACAAUGAGUUCAACUUCUUAACUGCCGUCUGUCAAAAAAUAUUACCCUUAUUACAGACAA